AUGGCGGCCUGCCUUGGUGGGGGCUGUAGGGCAGCGGUGGGCCUGGCCUGGAGCUUCAGAGCCGCCAGGGUCCUGCUCCCGGGACCAGGCUCUGCAGCCUGCAGGACCCGGGCAGGCCCUGGGCGGCCGCAGAGCACGGGGCCCGGCACGUUCCAGCCGCCGUCCAAACCCGUCAUCGUGGACAAGCGCCGGCCCGUGCGCGAGGGGCGCAGGUUCUUGAGUCCUGAAUUCAUCCCGCCCAGAGGAAGAACAGACCCUCUCAAGUUUCAAGUAGAAAGAAAAGACAUGUUAGAAAGGAGAAAAGUUCUGCAUAUCCCAGAGUUCUAUGUUGGAAGCAUACUUCGUGUUACCACAGCAGACCCAUAUGCCAGUGGGAAAUUCAGCCAGUUCCUGGGGAUUUGCAUCCAGAGAUCAGGAAAAGGACUAGGAGCUACAUUUAUCCUUAGAAAUACAAUUGAGGGGCAAGGUGUUGAGAUUUGCUUUCAACUUUAUAACCCUCGAAUUCAGGAGAUCCAGGUGGUGAGAUUGGAGAAACGGCUGGAUGAUAGUUUGUUGUACUUGAGAGAUGCCCUUCCUGAGUACAGCACUUUUGAUGUGAAUAUGAAGCCAGUAGUACGAGAAGCCAACGAAGACGUUCCAGUCAAUCAGUUGAAAGUUAAAAUGAAGCCUAAGCCCUGGUCCAAACGCUGGGAACGUCCAAAAUUUAACGUUAAAGGAAUUAGGUUUGACCUUUGUUUAACUGAAGAACAAAUGAAAAACGCUCAGAAGUGGGCUCAGCCGUGGCUUGAGUUUGAUAUGAUGAGAGAAUAUGACACUUCAAAAAUUGAAGCAGCAAUAUGGAAAGAAAUUGAAGCGUCGGAGAAAUCCUGAUUCUGGGAGUGGAACUGAUGAUUACUCUGGAUACACUGACUCUUUAGAAGAUGUAUUUUGAGACCAGUUUCCUUCACAAGAACAUUGUCAUUAAAUCAUUUAGUGUUUACUA